AUUCUGUACUUCUCAAGCUGACACUGCUCUUAAAUCCAGUGGGGACUCCAAAAGAAGCCUUCUUCCUCUUCCUCCUCUUUCUCUGCUCUGUCUUUCUGUUUCUGCUGUACGAUUUUCUUGUCCAUGGCGUUUGAACCGGUCAACAAGCUCCCUUCUGACCUUGACUACCCUCAGGUGAUAAUUGAAGCUCUGGAUGCUUUGAAUCAAGAGGAAGGGUCAAACAAGACAGCAAUCACCAAGUACAUAGAAAGCAAGUAUGGGGAAAUGAGUGGCGAGGACUCAAAGCUGCUGGUUUACCACUUGGACAGAAUGAAGCAGAGUGGUGAGCUGAUCUUCUUGAAGAACAAUUACAUCAAGGCUGGGCCUGGGGUCCCACCCAAGCGCGGCCGCGGCCGCCCAAGGAAAGACCCUAAUGCCCCCCCAUCAGCGAAGAAGCCUAAGCCUCUGGCUCCUUCCACCGCCCCCAAAACCGGCAGGCCGAGGGGUAGGCCGAGGAAGGUGACCCCCCAACCUCCAUCUGAGAAUGCAGUUGAAAUGAGCUGAAGUUGAAGGUCACUUUAUCUAAUGUCCUCUUGAUUACUGUGUACUUUAAUUAAUUAAUUGUAGGAUUGUAUGUGUGAUUAUCUGAGUAUGUACAAGGAGUUGCAUUGUAGGUUAGGGGUUAUGCACUUGUCUUGCUCCUUGGGAGCCCCUUAAUUGUAGGGAUGUUGUGUCUUAAUGUUUAAUCCUUUUUAGAAUGAAAUGCUGACAUUAUGUCUCCUCAUCCUUCUAGUGUAGAGUUAAGAUUUGGGUUCAUCUCAUUCUCUCAGGAUGCUACUCUCAAGUAGGAUUUAUUGGGUUUGGUCUAUGAUAUCCAACCUUGUGUACUAAUACAGUAAUUUGAUACUUAGAUUUGUAGUACUACGUAUUAUUAAUCACUUCUUU